CCUGGACGCCCUGAUACAGGCUCAGCGACCCCAGGGUCAGAGGUCAGCCCAGCAGGAAGGGGAGGGGCUUACAGACGACCAUGUCCUGAUGAUCGCCGCCGAGACCUUCGGGGCUGGGUGGAGACCACCUCCACCACGUUGCUAUGGAUACUAGCCUAUCUGGUGCACCACCCUCAGGUGCAGGAGCGUGUGCAGAAGGAGCUGGACGAGGUGGUGGGGCGCGGGAGGGGGGUGUGUGUGUCGGACCGCCCCCACCUCCCCUACCUGGACAGUGUGACCAACGAGGGGCUGAGGAUCCGACCUGUCAGCCCCGUACUCAUCCCACACACUGCUCUGAGGGACAGCAGUAUCGGGGGUCACUUUAUCAAGUGUGGGACGCGAGUUUUGGUAAACAUGUGGGCGAUCCACCACGACCCCAAACACUGGGAGCAACCGGACCUCUUCAAACCAGAGCGUUUCCUUGACGACAAGGGUUGCCGUGUGACUCCACCCUCUUUCCUGCCCUUCGGAGCGGGGCCUCGGGUGUGUGUCGGCGAAUCGUUGGCAAGGAUGGAGCUCUUCCUCUUCCUGUCCUCUCUGCUCCAGCGAAUGAGCUUUCGGCUCCCAGACGGAGCCCCGCCCCCCGACCUGCAGGGCAGGGUGGGCGUGGUCCUACAGCCGCUUCCUUUUAAGGUGCUGGUCAUCCCGAGAGAAAAGGAUCAAACCUGAUGCAGCUGUUGGAGUCUCUUGUUGUAAUAUACUGAAUGCAUUUUCCCGAAUUUGCAAUGGAGAGGCUUUUAUUUUGAAAAUCUUCAAAGCAGCUACCAAGUUUAUGUGGGAGAUUAUCUUGAAAGUGCUAACAGAGAGAGAACUACACAACCCGUCGUUAGAUAUUUAGCAAUUUAUAUUUUGUGUUACACAAUGGUAAUAAACUUUAAAUCAAAAUAGUACACAAUCAUGUCCCACAUUUGUGUGUUUUUGGUGACAUGUUACUAGCUAGUAUUAGCCAAAUGGUGCCAAUAGUGUAAAAUGCUCACUGGACUCACUAGGUGAACUGCUAGUGCUGCAAAAUGAGUGCUUCUGCGCCAUGUUCUCCCAGG